GACUGUUCAGUCAUUUGUAGAUUCUGUUCGAGCUCGGUUCGAUGAAAUUACACGCGAGAUGGCUUCUCUAAAGUUAACGCUCAUGUCCCUUGCUAUCUGGACUCUAAGCUUGUUUUAUUCUAUCCAGGUGCUGUUCUUCGUAGCGGUGCAGUUUUUCCGCAAGCCACAUUCGAAACUUUGGGUGGUCAAAAAGCGACCAUAUCCACCACAAUGUCUGCAGAAGCACGACUGCGGGGUGGACAAGCUGAUUACGGUCAAUGGUGUGAAGCUGCACUACGUGGAGAAUGGCGAUCCGAGUAAACCGUUGAUGGUGUUCGUUCACGGAUUCCCUGAAUUCUGGUUUUCGUGGAGAUACCAGCUGAAAGAGUUUGCCAAAGACUACUGGGUGGUUGCUGUUGACAUGCGAGGCUACGGAGACUCGGAUAAACCGCAAGAACUGGAUGCUUAUCAAGUGCCUGUAAUGGUACAGGAUAUAAAAGAGCUUGUAACGGCUUUGGGUCGCAAAAAGUUCACGUUGGUAGCGCAUGACUGGGGAGCAGUCGUUGCUUGGGACUUCCUGUCACAACACAUGGAUAUGCUGGAAAAAUACAUUUUCAUGGAUGCUCCUUCUCGUCGCGUUGCUCACAAGCUGAUAACGAGCACUAAGGAGCAAUUUAAGAUGUCGUGGUACAUGUUCUUCUUCCAAAUGCCAAAGUUACCGGAGCUUUUUGUACGAAUGAACGACUUAAAGAUGCUCGAUAUAGCAUUAGGGAAAUUCUGUUCACCCGAAGAAUUGGAAGCAUACAAGUACACGUUUUCCAAGAAAGGGGCCCUAACUCCACCCAUCAACUACUACCGUGCCAAUUUAUCUCCCAAUGCAAAAAGGAACAUCCGUCCACCGACGGACAAUCCGCAUGUGCCCGGACUGUAUCUGCUGGGAGAGAAAGACCUCUUCAUAUCGAAAGCAAGCGCUCCUCUGCUGCAGGAACAAUUCAACAAUCUAGAGUACAAAAUCGUACCAGGAGGUGGCCACUUUGUGCAGCAGGACAAACCGGAGCUGGUCAAUCAGAUUAUGAGAGAGUUUUUAGCGAAAAAAUAAAUCCCGUUGGAAUGACGACGGAGACGAAA